AUCCUAGCCCCACAAUCAGACAAAUUAACCAAAGAGAAUUAGAGAGAGAAACACACACAACACAAACACCCAAAAAACAAAAGCAACAUUACACUCAUCUCGUAACAUCUCCUCAAUUGCAAGAGCCAACAACAACACCAACAGUUUCUUUUCUUUUCUCACUCCCCCACUUCUUCACUUUUUCCCCUCCUCUCUCUCUCUCUCUCUCUCUCAAUGCUACCUGGGAAUUCACUCUCUUUGCUCUCUGUGUAGUUCUGCUUUUUCUGCAAAAGUCUUUCACGCUUGAAAGCAACUCCAUUCUAGCAAGGGUAAUCAAUUGGAUCUUGUGGCUUUAAAGAAAGCUCUUGGUUUUCUCUGACGUUUAAGCUGCUUCUGAAAUCAGAGAUCUAGGCUUCUGGGAACGGUUGUGUUGAAUAAUCAAAGUUGUUGCUUGGAUUAUUUUGAAUUGGGUUUCUCAGUUUUUGAACCAAGAUGAUGCAGCGGCCUCCACCUGAAGAUUUUCUGUUGAAGGAGACCAAGCCCCACCUUGGUGGGGGAAAGGUUUCUGGUGAUAGACACACAAGCACCUAUGACCUUGUUGAGCAAAUGCAAUACCUUUAUGUGAGGGUUGUUAAGGCUAAAGACCUUCCGGGGAAAGAUGUCACCGGUGGCGUUGAUCCUUAUGUUGAAGUCAAGCUGGGGAACUACAAAGGCACCACCAGGCACUUUGAGAAGAGAAGCAAUCCUGAAUGGAGCCAGGUUUUUGCUUUCUCGAAGGACCGGCUUCAGGCUUCGGUGCUGGAGGUUAUUGUGAAGGAUAAGGAUGUUGUGAAGGAUGAUUUCAUUGGGCGUGUCUGGUUUGACCUCAAUGAGAUCCCGAAACGGGUGCCGCCGGAUAGUCCUCUGGCGCCGCAGUGGUAUAGGCUCGAGGACAGAAAGGGGGACAAGGCGAAGGGAGAGCUAAUGCUGGCUGUUUGGAUGGGCACACAGGCUGAUGAAGCUUUUCCUGAAGCUUGGCAUUCUGAUGCUGCAACAGUUAGUGGGACGGAUGCUCUAGCGAACAUUAGGUCGAAAGUGUACCUGUCUCCUAAGCUUUGGUAUUUGAGGGUUAAUGUAAUUGAGGCACAAGACUUGCAACCAACUGAUAAGGGGAGGUAUCCUGAUGUUUCUGUGAAGGCUGUUCUGGGGAAUCAGGCCUUGAGGACUAGAAUCUCUCAGAGUAGGAGCAUCAAUCCAUUGUGGAAUGAGGAUUUGAUGUUUGUUGCAGCAGAACCGUUUGAGGAGCACCUGAUUUUAAGCGUGGAAGACAGAGUCGCGCCGAACAAAGAUGAAUUACUGGGGAGGUGUAUUAUUCCUUUGCAGUUUGUGGACAGGAGACUAGAUCACAAACCUGUGAACACUAGAUGGUUUAAUCUGGAAAGGCAUGCUGUCGUGGAGGGAGAAAAGAAGAAAGAAGUCAAAUUUGCAAGUAGGAUUCACAUGAGGAUUUGUCUCGAGGGCGGUUACCAUGUUUUGGAUGAAUCAACUCACCACAGCAGCGAUCUUCGUCCAACCGCGAAACAGCUGUGGAAGUCCGGUAUCGGUGUUCUUGAGCUUGGGAUAUUGAAUGCUCAGGGUUUGAUGCCGAUGAAAACAAAAGAUGGGAGGGGGACAACAGAUGCUUACUGUGUAGCGAAAUAUGGGCAGAAGUGGGUCCGGACUAGGACAAUCAUUGAUAGCUCUACACCGAGGUGGAAUGAACAAUAUACAUGGGAGGUUUUUGAUCCUUGCACUGUCAUUACAAUUGGUGUAUUUGAUAACUGUCAUUUGCAUGGUGGUGAGAAGGCUGGAGGGACAAAGGAUUCGAGGAUCGGGAAGGUAAGAAUUCGUCUUUCCACCCUUGAGACAGAUAGAGUCUACACACACUCCUAUCCACUUUUAGUCCUUCACCCCAAUGGGCUGAAAAAAAUGGGUGAAAUUCAUUUGGCUGUGAGGUUCACUUGUUCUUCUUUGCUCAACAUGAUGCACAUGUAUUCACAUCCCUUGUUGCCAAAGAUGCACUACAUACACCCUUUGACUGUUACCCAGCUUGACAGCUUAAGGCAUCAAGCUACUCAGAUUGUUUCAAUGCGGCUGAGUCGCGCUGAGCCGCCGCUGAGAAAGGAGGUUGUGGAAUAUAUGCUGGAUGUGGGUUCCCACAUGUGGAGCAUGAGAAGAAGCAAGGCUAAUUUCUUCAGGAUCAUGGGAGUUCUGAGUGCAUUAAUUGCUGUUGGAAAAUGGUUUGAUCAGAUUUGCAAUUGGAAAAGUCCAAUCACAACCAUUCUGAUCCAUAUCUUGUUUAUUAUACUGGUUAUGUACCCUGAGCUUAUCUUACCCACAGCUUUCCUUUACCUCUUCCUUAUUGGAAUUUGGCACUACAGAUGGAGGCCAAGGCACCCUCCUCACAUGGACACUCGUCUUUCUCAUGCGGAUUCAGCACACCCUGAUGAGCUAGAUGAGGAAUUCGACACAUUCCCGACCUCCCGGCCUUCUGAUAUCGUCCGGAUGAGAUAUGACAGGCUUAGGAGCAUUGCUGGGAGGAUUCAGACUGUUGUUGGGGACUUGGCCACUCAAGGGGAAAGGCUGCAGUCUUUGCUCAGCUGGCGCGAUCCGAGAGCCACUGCCCUGUUUGUGAUUUUCUGCCUGAUUGCUGCUAGUGUGCUGUAUGUGACUCCAUUCCAAGUUGUGGCCUUCUUGGCUGGAAUUUAUGUGUUGAGACACCCCAGGUUUCGCCAUAAGCUUCCUUCGACACCGCUGAAUUUCUUUAGGAGGUUGCCUGCAAGAACUGAUUCCAUGCUUUGAGUUAUCACCCAAAAUGAGAGCAGAGUGAGGAAUGCUUUUACUUUCAUUGUUCAGCACCAGAUUUUGUUUUCUGGUUUUAUGCUUGAUAAUGUUGAUGACCUUCUCCUGAAGGCAGUAGUAGAUUUUGGGGAUUUAUUGUUCUAUCAUUAUGUCAUAGGAUUUUCUCUUUUGACUUUUGAACCCUAUGGUAGUCCUUGUUAAUUUGUAGGUUUAAGUUGAAAUUAACUUCUGCAGAAUUAUUCAUGCUUAGUCA